AUGUCGACCACCACGAUUUCGUCGCCUCAAUCCCCUCGAACGCUGCCGUACGCGCCCUUGUUUUUCGCGGCCCGCACGAGUGCGUCCACCUCCUCGCAGCUGUUCUCGCAUAACACCGCCAUGCUGGCGUGCGACGCAUUCAUCAGCGCACCGAGCUCGCGUAGCGUGCCCUCUGCAAGUGCGCCCGCAGUGGCUGCCGCGCGCAGGCACACGUCGCGGAACCACUCCGGCCGCCAGCAAGCUCCCCCCGUCUUGUAUUGA